CACGUGAAGCAAAGAGCCAGAAAUGCAUGUCAAAUCGAACCACUGACUAAUCAUGGUAUUUUGGUUGUCUUAGUGGCUGCCGGGGAAAGAUUUAUGGGCUCAGAAAAAUCUUCCCAUAAUAAUCCCUGGGUGCUGAUUUGAUCUUCAGCUGAGGCUUCCCAGGGCCGUGCGGAACGAGGACGGAAAGGGGGCUGCUGUCCCGGGGUGGUGACGUCUAAACUGAUCCGAGUUCAACAUACAAAGAAGAGGAGAAAAGUCAGCGCUCUCUUCUCAUCUGUGUCUGCUCAGAGCCACGCGCUGGCAGCCAGAGAGGAUCCCUUUGAUCUGCCUGUGGAGCAAGAAGGGUUGGGGGCGACGGCUGAGCAGACACGAAGGGCCACUUAUUGGGACUGUCAUCUAGCUCCCUCAUCUGUCACCUGAUGGCCAGCCAAGCAAGGGCUCGGCACAGCUGUGGACCCUUCAUCCUUGUGCAACUUGUGGAGGCAAGAAAAGUAAGCAUCCUACAGCUGAUAUGACAUUCGGCUAUUUUUUCUAUAAAGGAAUGAAUUGAAUUCACUACAAAUCUACUAACUGUCCCCCUAUGCCAGGCAAGAUACUGACUUGUUAUUUUGGGUUGGGCUUUUCUCUAACAGCUGGAGGUCUGCUGGGCAUUCAAGCAAUGGCUCUUGAGUAAGGCAGCUGUUUCAAUAUCUAAUUGCAUUUUAGCUCUAAUAGCUCAAGAGAAAAGCAUUGCAUUUUCUGCCAUGAGCUACUUCCUGUCCUACUGCAAAGCACACUGCACUACCGUGCUUGCUCAAUACCAAAGCCUGAGAUCAGAGGGCUUUCUCUGUGACAUUUUGCUGAAAGUGAAAGAAAACGAGUUUCCUGCACACAAGUCCUUGUUGGCAUGCUCCAGUGACUACUUCCGAGCCAUGUUCAAAAAUUACACCCAAGAGUCUAAAGCCAGUGUCAUUCACCUACAAGUUGUCUCACCCACUGGGCUCCAGCACAUCCUGGAUUUCAUUUACACAUCCUUCCUGCCCCUUUCCUUUGAAAGUCUGGAGGAUACCUUGGAAGCUGCAAGCUACUUGCAAGUCACUGAUGCUAUCGGCUUGUGCAAUCAGUACUUAGUUAACAAUCUUGCCUUGGAAAACUGCUGCUACUCUGCCAAUGUGGCCAGGAAGUUCUACCUGCCAGACGCCCUAGCAGCUGCAGAAAAAUACAUUAUCAAAAAUGUCUGGAAGCUGCUGGACUUGGAUUUGUCAGGACUUCUUGAGCUGAGCUUCAGGUCUUUGCUAGCAGUGAUUCAAUCACCAGAUCUCCCCAUGGUGGAAGAACGCCGCCUGUUGAAUCUUGUCCUGCUGUGGUUGAAGCAGGAUAAAUCCAGGCUGGAUCAUGCAAGCAGCCUUUUAGAGCACAUAAGAUAUGGUCUUAUCCCAGUGGAAGAGCUGAGAAAAACCUACACACAGUCAGAAGUGUCCCUCUCAGCAGGUAUUAAGUGCUUGAUCAUAAAAGCGAUAAAUUAUCACACAUCUGUAUUCAAACAGCCUGUCGUGCAGGAUAAGUCCACCACACUGAGGAACCAGAAAACUCGGAUCAUUCUGCUGGGGGGAGGCACAGCAAGCGAGGGGCUCGUCACUGAUGUGGUGGCCUUCGAUGUUUACAAUCACAAAUGGAGAACCCUCACACAGCUGCAGGACAGGGUGCAGAACCACAGCGUGUGUGUGGUGGGGAACUUUCUCUAUAUCUUGGGAGGAGAGAUAGAAAGUGGUACCCUUGGUGAUGCUAAAAUUGGAAAUACCUUAUCGGUUACAAACAAGGUCCAUCGGUAUGAUCCGAGAUUUAACACGUGGACCCAAAUCACGGGCAUGCUGGAAAAGAGAUGCCAGUUUUCUUGCUGUGUGCUAGGCAGGGAUAUCUUUGCCAUUGGUGGAAGGGGUGAGGAUGGAUUGCUGCAUUCAUCUGUGGAAGUCUAUGACAUCAGCAGAGAUAGAUGGAGGAAGGCCAGGGAAUUGCCAUGCAGGAUACACGGUCAUGCCAGUGCUGUCUGCAAGAACACCAUAUACAUCUCUGGGGGCAAGUACUCGGCCUCAGCCAGCACAAGCAAUGACGUUUAUUCUCUGAGCUCACCUGAAGGGCAGUGGGUGAAAUGUGCCCCAAUGAGCAUUGCUCGGUUUGGGCAUCAGAUGGCAACAAUCAGGGGAUCCAUUUUCACUUUUCUGGGACUGUAUGAACCUUUCUCUGAAAUAGAAAGGUAUGACCCAGAUCAAAACCAAUGGACUCGGUUGAAACCGCUGGUCUACGAUCGAUUCUCCUAUGGCCUGGCAGUGGUAGAGGAAACAGCUCUUCUUAUUGGGGGAAAGAAAUGGCAAAACUCGCUGGAGGUCUCCACGCAAGACGUGGUUGGCUAUGACAUUGACAACGAUGGCUGGGAAGAGAUCUGCAAGGCCCCUCUGCCGUGGUGUGGGCUGCAGUGUGCUGUGCUCCAGCUAUCUGAGGUGGCCGAAGAGCAGGACAGCGACAGCCAGCAGAAGAAGCUGCCCAACUGCUGAGCUCCCAUGCUGAGGAACAUCUAUCCCAGGAGAUGAGUGAGCAGGGCAUUCCUGCACUGGCACUGGCACUGAACAUGAAAGUGGAAGUUUUGCUUGGAUAAGCCAAAAGCUUGGUGGAAACAGGCAAGAAAAUCUGGCUCCAGCACAGGAAACACAUCUAGGAUUUAUAGAGCUGGAAGCUGAUCUCACUGAGCAAGGAUGUAGCAAGCAGCACGCUUAGAGGCGAUGAGUGAGAAUUGUAAUCCUUGACUUUUGGAUAAUACCUAGAUAGCAAUUAGUAGGUGUUGCAAGUGGGAUUUUUAAAUAUUAAAAAAUAUAAUCCAUA